AUGCAUUACUUAAUCAAGGGUUUUUGGAUUAGUCCAAAACUCCAAGUAAAAAGCUUUGUCGAAUUAUUGAAAAUCAAAAUCCAUUUUACUAACUUCGUAGACUAUCGACGUGGAGGUACCUCGCUGGCUGCUGAGAUUGAUUGAAAUAACUAACCCUAAGAACUAAGAACCACUGAGCAUUCGUCGAUUUCGAAACGACGAACUUAGCACAGAAGAACGGCGAAAUCCUCGGGAGACCACCCGUAUAGGGAUCAUUAACAUUAUGAACCUCUGUAUUUCCGUAUCGAGUAUUUUGCAAUCACGGAGUUCUAUUUGUUUCUGCUUUGCCUAUGCAAAAAAAAAAGCUGCCUGGUUCACACCCAAGGCAGAGGAGAAUUUUCAGAA